GAAAACCUUUUUUUUAUAUCUUUGACAUCGUACGAGAAGGAUGAUCAUGUUAUUGAAAGUGUCGCAAUCGAGGUCUACAUUCGAAUGAAAGAGAAACCUUUUGAGAUAGUUCUUUGUCCGAAAGAAGAAUAUUAUCGUUCGUAUCCAUUCAAGAAUUUUUAUAAAGAAAUUCUAAUACGUUUGAAAAAGCCCUUUGCCAUCGACAAAACGGCGAGAAUCUCUUCGAAGCCGGUAUUGUCGCUGCUAUCGUUGCUAUCGCUGUUACUGUUGACAAAACAGUUCGAAAAUGUGUGGAAAAGGAGAAUGAGGGGACACAUCGGACCAAAUCCAGUUGAAAGUGGUCAAGUAGUUUUAGAGAGGAUUCAUGGUAGCAUCAAACCAACGAGCACCAUAUCGAUGACAUAUACCGCAACCUCGUCAAGAUCCGAUGGUGACCUGGAUCCAACUACGAAAGAAAAAGAAUGCAAGGAGAACAUUUCGAAUGUGCAGAGGGUAUGGACCAGUUUAUUAGCUGGUGCAGCAGCUGGAGGUUUAGCGAAGACAGCGAUAGCACCGUUAGAUCGCACAAAGAUCAAUUUUCAAAUAUCGAAACAACCUUAUACAGCGAGAGCUGCUCUUGCAUUUCUUAUCAGAUCAUUUCAAAACGAAGGACUAUUGAGUUUGUGGCGAGGUAACAGUGCGACGAUGGUUAGGAUCGUUCCUUAUGCCGCCAUACAAUUUACAGCACAUGAACAAUGGAAGAGGAUUCUACAAGUCGAAAGUCCAGAAACGACUCCACCGGUUAAAAGAUUAUUGGCUGGUUCUUUAGCCGGCGUUACGUCACAGGGUUUAACUUAUCCUCUUGAUCUUGUACGUGCUCGAAUGGCAGUGACGUUAAAGAGUGAGUACAAAACUUUGAGGCAAAUGUUUCGAAGGAUUUAUCAGGAGGAAGGUAUCAUGUCCUUUUAUCGUGGCUUUACACCAACGAUCUUAGGCGUUAUACCUUAUGCUGGCAUGAGUUUCUUCACUUAUGAUACUCUGAAGCACUUAACGGCAGAAUAUUCCCAAUAUACGACGAGUAUACCUGGGAUGACUACUGCCUUGGCACUUCUUUGUGGCGCUGUAGCCGGAGUAGUAGGACAAACGAGUAGUUAUCCUUUGGAUAUCGUUAGGAGAAGAAUGCAAACUUCGGCAAUCAAAAAUCAACAUUAUCAAAGGGUUACCUCGACAAUAGUUAAAAUUUACACAGAGGAAGGAUUGAUGGCUUUCUUCAAAGGACUGAGUAUGAAUUGGGUGAAGGGUCCAAUAGCGGUAGGCAUCAGUUUUGCAACUUAUGACAGGAUACGUGACACUUUGCGAAAAAUUAUUUGCACGUCGGACAAUGUAACAGAUUAAAAAGUUAAGUUGAUAAUAUAAACUCGUGAGAUAAUGAAGAAGAACGAAGAACGAAGAAGAAAGGUGAAGAAAUGUUGUGUCACUUAUUUAUUGAUUCAAGAAUCAAUUCAAGAACUCUGAUUAAAUGUUCAAUCAGAAAGGGGAUCUCCAUUUGAAAGGAUGAUAAUCCUUAUAAAAAAAAAAAAAAGAAAAACUUGCAAGUGGAUGAUUUUGUUGAUCAUCUAUUGAUCAAAGUGAAAGAUCUUCAAUGAUAGAAAUAGAGAGAUUUCACUUUUUUUUUUUUUUUUUUUGUAAACUCGAUAGAAUAAUGCGAUAUAUUCGCGCUCGUGACGGUAUAUCUAAGAGAAGAAUUAUAAAAGAUGUCGAUUAUUAUUAGUAAAAAAUUGUUGAAUGCUACACACACAUAUAUAUAUAUAUAUAUAUAUAUAUAUAUAUAUAUAUAUAUAUGAUUGUACUGUUAUUUAAAAUUUAAAAAAGAAUUUUUAAGAAAUUGUUAAAAAAAAAAAAAAAGAAAAGAGAAAAAGAUAGUGCAUAUGGAAAUAAGGAGAAUACAUAUGGAAAUAUAUUAUUUCGAUGAUUAGAAAUUUUUUUAAAAGUUAACGUUGAAAAUCUUUCAUUUCAUUUUGAUCUCUUAUAUUUCAAAGCAGCUUUGCCUUCUUCGCAAAAUAUAAAUUUCUAUAAAACGUACAUACGUUGAUCUCUAAAUGAAUACCUUAAUUCAUUAUAUAAUUAUGCGUUAUAUGAAAAUGCAUAUACUUAUAAGAUGGAGGAAGAAUUAUGUUCACAGUCUAUCGAAAUACAUAAUUAUACUUCUGUAUCUCGAUAAGAUAUAAUUAUAUUCUUCCUUUUUUUUUUCUCCUAUGCAAAAAUUAUGUAUACAUAUAUAUAAAAUAUAAUUAUAUUAUAUAUAUAUAUAUGUAUAUAUAUAUAUAUAUAUAUAUAUAAUAUAAUUAUAUAUAUAUGUGUGUGUGUGUGUGUACAUAUAUAAAAUAUGGAGAUCUUCGUCUUAAUAAUCCAAGUGCAGGUUCGUACGCUCAAUUUAUUGAAAUUAGAUUGUUCAUCAACGUAUUUAAGAGUUGUUCAUCGAU